GCUGCAGGCUUAACGGGCCGCCGGGGGCGCGCAGAGCAGCUCCUGGGAAGACGUGGGAGACCCCAGAUGAGGGCCGUGAGAAGCCCAAAUACUGGAGAAGUGACCACCAGGCUUCCGUCCCUCCUCGCCCAGAUGCCUGCGUAGCGCCUUGGCAGCCAGCCCUCUCCGCCCUUCCCUGUCCUGGGCCAGCAGGGGAAGCAAUGGAGAAGUGGGUGGGCAGGCCCCGGCAGCUGUGUCUGAUGCUGCUGCUGUCCCUCCCCCAGCUCUGCCAGGAUCAGGAGGUGUUGUCCGGGCACUCUCUUCAGACACCUCCGGAGGAAGGCCCAGGCCCUGAGGGUGUCUGGGGGCCUUGGGACCACUGGGCCUCCUGUUCUCAGCCCUGUGGGGUAGGGGUGCAGCGUAGGAACCGGGUCUGCCAGCUCCCUUCGGCUCACAGCCUGCCACUCCCACCCCGGCCCCCCAGACACCCAGAAGCCCAGGCCCCCCAGGCAGCCCUCCCCCUGUACAGAGCAGAGCUGCCUCUGGAAAGAGGAGGCACACGUCAAAAUCCAGCCUCCCAGCCUGGGAGGAAGGAGGCCCGAGAGAGGCAGGGGGCCCGCAGGCUGAGGGUUCGAGACCCCAUCAAACCAGGAAUGUUCGGCUAUGGAAGAGUGCCCUUUGCUUUACCAUUGCACCGGAACCGCAGGCACCCCCGGACGCCCCCCAGAUCCCAACUACCCCCAGCCUCGCUUCCCUCCCCAAACCAGACCCUUCAAACUCAGCUCCCGACCACAGAACUGUCUGCCCUCAACCAGUCCGCUGCAGCAGGGUCCCUGGUCCCAACUGUGCAGAAGGAGCUGCCCUCCAGAGCCAGGCCUGCCCCCACAGGUCCCUAUCCCAGAAACCAAGCCUCCCACCCAGAGCCCACCCCCUCUCCAAGACACAGUGUCUCCUUUGCUGCGCCCCCUCAGCAGAGAACAUCACAACCCCAGAGGUGGGCCAGUCCUCCUCAGGGAGUGGGGAGGCGGCCCAGUCCUCUCACCCCCGUCCCUCGGGGCCGAGGCCAGCAGAGCCCAGAGCACUGGAGACCUGGGAGCGGUCCUCCUCAGGGGUCUCCCGUGGAGCCUGCCCCUCGCUACCCAGAGGGUUGGUUGCCUCUGCUGAGCACUGGCCCCCACGCCACCCCACUCUGGAGCCUCUUUGCACCCAGUAGUCUUGUCCCCAGCUGCCCCGGCGAGAAGGAGCAGCUGAGAGCCUGCAGCCUGGCCCUCUGCCCCCCUGAGCAGCCAGACCCCCGGGCCCUGCAGUGCGCCGCCUUCGACUCCCGGGAGUUCCUGGGCCAGCUGUACCAGUGGGAGCCCUUCACUGAAGUUCAGGGCUCCCAGCGCUGCGAAUUGAACUGCCGUCCUCGGGGCUUCCGCUUCUAUGUCCGCCACACCGAAAAAGUCCAGGACGGGACCCUGUGUCAGCCGGGAGCCCUGGACAUCUGUGUGGCCGGACGCUGUCUGAGCCCUGGCUGUGACGGAAUCCUGGGCUCGGGCAGGCGUCCAGACGGCUGUGGCAUCUGUGGGGGUGACGGUUCUACUUGUCGCCUUGUUUCGGGGAACCUCACUGACCGGGGUGCUGCCCUGGGCUAUCAGAAAAUCCUCUUGAUUCCAGCGGGAGCCUCCCAGCUCCACAUCGCCCAGCUCCACCCCAGCGCCAACUACCUGGCACUUCGGGGCCCUGGGGGCCGGUCCAUCAUCAAUGGGAACUGGGCUGUGGACCCCCCUGGGACCUACACAGCUGGGGGGACCACCUUCCGGUAUAGCCGGCCUCCCAGGGAGGAGGGCACCGGAGAGAGUCUGUCAGCAGAAGGCCCUACCACCCAGCCCGUGGAUGUCUAUAUGAUCUUCCAGGAGGAAAACUCAGGGGUUUUUUAUCAGUACAUCAUCUCUUCACCUCCUCCAAGCCUCGACCCCCCCACCCCAGAAGCCCUGGUGCCCCAGAUCCAACCCGAGAUUCUGAGGGUGCAGCCCCAGCCUGCUGCUGCGCCCCGUCCAGCCCGGACCCCAGGCACCCUCCAGCGCCAGGUUCGGAUCCCCCAGAUGCGGGCGCUGCACCCCCCCAGGCUGCCCCUGGGGGCUUCAGCCGGCUACUGGAAGCAAGGGGGCCACACUGAGUGCUCGGCGUCCUGUGGAAGAGGUGUCUGGCGCCCCAUUUUCCUCUGCAUCUCGCGGGAGUCGGGAGAGGAACUUGAUGAAAGCAGCUGUGUUGUGGGCAACAGACCCCCGGCCUCCCCAGAGCCCUGCCAUGGCCCUCCCUGCCCCCCAUACUGGGAGGCUGGCGAGUGGACGUCCUGCAGCAGCUCCUGUGGCCCUGGCACCCAGCAUCGCCAGCUGCACUGUCGCCAGGAAUUUGGUGGGGGCGGCUCCUCAGUGCCCCCAGAGCGCUGUGGAGAUCUCCCCCGGCCCAACAUCACCCAGCCCUGCCAGCUGCGGCUCUGUGGCCACUGGGAGGUCCGCUCCUCUUGGAGCCAGUGCUCCGUGCGGUGCGGGCGGGGCCAGCGGAGCCGGCAGGUGGGCUGUGUUGGAAGCAGUGGCGAUGAAGUGAGUGAGCGGGAAUGCAUGCUGGGGCCCCCGAAGCCCCCCAGCAGAGAGGCCUGCCACAUGGGGCCCUGUACCACAGCCUGGUUCCACAGUGACUGGAGCUCCAAGUGCUCGGCUGAGUGUGGGACGGGCAUCCAGCGGCGCUCCGUGGUCUGCCUUGGGAGUGGGGAGGCCCAGGAGGCGGGCCAGGAGGAUGCAGGCCUCGGAGCCAGCGAGCAGAGCUGCCCCGCAGGAAGCCGCCCUCCAGACAUGCGAGCCUGCAGUGUGGGGCCUUGCGAGGUGAAGCGGUGCUGGUACACAGGGCCCUGGAGUGAGUGCUCAUCAGAAUGUGGCUCAGGCACACAGCGUAGAGACAUCAUCUGUGUGUCCAAACUGGGGACGGAGUUCAACGUGACCUCUCCAAGCAACUGUUCCCACCUGCCCAGGCCCCCUGCCCUGCAGCCCUGUCAGGGCCGGGCCUGCCAGGACAGGUGGUUCUCUACUCCCUGGAGUCCGUGUUCCCGCUCCUGCCAGGGGGGUAUGCAGACAAGGGAGGUCCAGUGCCUGACGGCCAACCAGACUCUAAGCACGCGAUGCCCUCCUCACCUGCGGCCCUCUAGGAAGCGACCCUGUAACAGGCAGCCCUGCAGCCAGCGUCCUGAUGAUCAGUGCAAGGACAGCUCGCCACAUUGCCCCCUGGUGGUACAGGCCAGACUCUGCGUCUACCCCUACUACACAGCCACCUGUUGCCGCUCCUGCGCCUACAUCCUGGAGCGGUCCCCUUCGGAGCCUACCUGAAAUGGGUUUGGGAGACAUCUCCCUCAUGGUUUUCACAUCCCACCAGCCACAUGGCCACUCGUCUGUCAGCCCACUUCAUAGCCCCUGGCUCUCUUACCAGCUGCCGGAUGUGUGUCCUCCACCACCUCGGAGUAGUUGAAGGUGGAGACACGACUGGCUGACUUUCCAGAUGUUUAUUGGGACUGGAUGGUGGUGUGAUGGUGUGUGUGCACACGUCCUCAGAUGUGUAUCUGGGGCAGCACAGAUAUGCGUGUGCUCCCACAGGCUGAGCAGGGACAAUGCCUGUUCUCCAGGAGACGUGUAGGCUGGGGAAAUCAAGUUCCCAGCUCCUUGCUCAUGUGACCUCCUUAGAGUGUGCUCUCCCCAUCAGUCCCAAUGUUGUGCGCAAAACCUCAUUUCUCCUGUCCGGGUCCCACAUCUUCUAAACUACCCUGUUAUUACCUGGCCACCCACCCCUUCUCCCUGUAGCUAUCCCAACUUCUCAGAACUGGCUACAGAGGGAGGUCCACCGAAGGUCCCUGGGUAGCACGGAUUAUUCUCACCUACUAACCUAAAGGUUGGAGGUUCGAAUCUACUCAGCGGUGCUGCAGAAGAAAGACCUGGUGAUCUGCUUCCACAAA